AUGUGGAAAAUACGUGGCUCACCCCUCUCCAUUAAACACCCUCACCCUCAACACUCUCAAAGCACGAUUUCUUCUUCACUCUUCAAGACGGUAGCAGCUUUCUCAAAUCCAUGGCUUCCUCCUCCUCUACGUACACCUCCAACACCAGAUCGAAGAAAAUCAAGUCAAAAUCGAAACUUGAUUUUGCAAAUCCCUGUGAUUGUGGCUACCCUUCUCGUAUCUGGACUUCAACGACCAAAGAUAAUCCUGGAAAAGAGUUUAGGGUUUGCCCUAAUUCAACGGAUAACCCAGAAAUUAAAUGCAAAUUCUGGGAAUGGGUUAAUGAAGAAGAUACAGUCAACAAGAAGAAAAGAGAUGAAGUGGGAGCACAAUCCUGUGAAGUUAGGGCACAAUCUUGUGAAGUGA